AUGGAUGCUGCUAUAGAAGCCAACCUGGGCGCCGCUGGCCACGGGCCCCGCACAGAGCUGGACGACGAGGAAUACUACCCCCAGGGUGGCUGGGACACGGUCUUCCUGGUGGCCCUGCUGCUCCUGGGGCUGCCUGCCAACGGGCUGAUGGCGUGGCUGGCCGGCUCGCAGGCCCGGCAGGGAGCAGGCACGCGACUGGCCCUGCUUCUGCUCAGCCUGGCCCUCUCUGACUUUCUGUUCCUGGCGGCCGCUGCCUUCCAGAUCCUGGAGAUCCAGCAUGGAGGGCACUGGCCGCUGGGGACAGCCGCCUGCCGCUUUUACUACUUCCUGUGGGGCGUGUCCUACUCCUCGGGCCUGUUCCUGCUGGCCGCCCUCAGCCUGGACCGCUGCUUGCUGGCGCUGUGCCCGCGCUGGUACCCUGGGCGCCGCCCGGCCCGCCUGCCCCUCUGGGUCUGCUCCGGGGUCUGGGUGCUGGCCACGCUCUUUAGUGUGCCCUGGCUGGUCUUCCCCGAGGCCGCCGUCUGGUGGUACGACCUGGUCAUCUGCCUGGACUUCUGGGACAGCGAGGAGCUGCCGCUUCGGAUGCUGGAAAUCCUUGGGGGCUUUCUGCCUUUCCUCGUGCUCCUCGUCUGCCACGUGCUCACCCAGGCCGCUGCCUGCCGCACCUGCCGCCGCCAGCAGCCCCGGCCCGCAGCCUGCCGGGGCUUCGCCCGCGUGGCCAAGACCAUCCUGUCGGCCUACGUGGUCCUGCGGCUGCCUUACCAGCUGGCCCAGCUGCUGUACCUGGCCUUCCUGUGGGACGUCUACCCCGGCUACCUGCUCUGGGAGGCCCUGGUCUACUCCGACUACCUGAUUCUGUUCAACAGCUGUCUGAGUCCCUUCCUGUGCCUCCUGGCCAGCGCCGACCUCCGUGCCCUGCUACGGGCAGUGCUGUCCUCUUUUGCUGCCGCCCUCUGCGAAGAACGGCCUGGCAGCCUCAUGCCGGCCGAGCUACAGACCCAAGUGGACUCUGAGGGUCCGACUCUGCCAGGGCCCACGGCCGAGGCCCAGCCGCAGCCGAACCCCACGGCCCAGCCACGGUCGGAUCCCGUGGCCCAGCCAGAGCCGAACCCCAUGGCCCAGCCACGGUUGGAUCCCGUGGCCCAGCCGCCCGAUUCUGUGGUCCAGCCCCAGUUGAACGCCGAGGCCCAGAGCCCUGGACACGCUGCCAGCUCAGCCCCCAGCCCCUGUGAUGAAGCUGCCCCUGCCCCGUCCUCAGAUCCAACCCCAGGGGCCCCUGAGAACCCAGCCACGCCUCCUGCCCCUGAGGGAGAAAGCCCCAGCAGCGUCCCGCCAGAGGAGGCCUCCGGCACAGGCCCCACAUGA